AUGGUCUUCAUCCUCGGUCUAUUGAGGAGUACCUUCGAUGUACUUACUCCAUAUGUGAUGAGUAACUUCAACAAACAUGCACUCAGUGCGACGACCAAUAUAAUCGCCAACAUUGUUAGUGGAAUCAUCAAGCUUCCAUAUGCAAAGCUGCUUGAUUGCUGGGGUAGGCCACAAGGUUUUACCCUGAUAGUUCUCUUCACCACCCUUGGCACCAUUCUGAUGGCUACUUGCCAGAACGUUGCGAUGUACUGCGCCGCUCAGGUCUUCUUCUACGUCGGUUACUAUGGUAUCCAAUUCAGCCUAGUUCUAUUCAUUGCAGAUUCAUCUCCAGGGAAGAACAGAGCUCUCAUGUUCGGCAUCAUUUGGUCACCAUCACUCAUAUCGAUUUGGGCCUCCGGUCCCUUGGCAACUAGCAUUUUGAAAUCCCUAACAUUUGAAUGGGGCUUUGGAAUAUGUUGCAUUGUUAUACUGGUCGUUUGUGCCCCAGUCAUUGCUCUGCUGUUCAAAUUCCAUGGCACAGAAUCGAAAUCCAACGCCGCACAACAACCAGAGACAGAACGACGUCUUAGAAGCACCAUUACCUAUUACCUCAGGGAAUUCGACGUUAUUGGUCUGCUGAUUCUCAGCACUGGGCUCAGUCUACUCAUACUGCCCCUCAGUAUCUAUUCCUAUCAGCCGGAUGGAUGGCGAUCGGCAUUAGUCAUUUGCUUCUUCCUAUUUGGAGGUCUGCUCGUCAUCGCAUUCGCUCUGUAUGAGGCCUAUCUAGCUCCCUCAAGUUUUCUACCAUGGACUUUGAUGAAGCACCCUACUGUACUUUGGACCAACAUCAUGGCUGCCUCGCUCUACACGUCAGAGUUCAUUAGCUCGGCGUACAUUUACUCGAUGCUUAUUGUAGUCUUCGAUCAGACUACGACUCAAGCCGCAUACAUUAAAAACAUUUACUAUAUAGGCUCCUCGUUCUGGACACUGGUAUUAGGUCUUGCCUUGAGGUACCAUGGACGAAUCAAGAUCUGGACAUUAGUUCUUGGUAUCCCGUUCUUCAUAUUAGGACAGGGCAUGAUGAUUGCGUUCAAGCCAUCGUUCACACCACUCAGCUUGAUGAUCGUCUGCAAGAUCCUGAUUGCCUUUGGGGGCGGCACGAUGUACCCCAUUGAGCAAAUGACGCUCAUGGCCGUAUCGCAAAAGCAUACAGCAGCACUUCUUGCGGUAGAGUCGGUUGUCGUUGAUAUAGGGAAGAGUGCAGGUUCUGCAAUUGCAACCGCCAUCUGGACUGCGAUGUUCAGGCAGAAGCUAAGCGUUUAUCUUCCGAUAGAUGAACAGGAUAUGGUGGACAAGAUCUACGGCAGCCUUGACGUACAGGCUUCAUACCGCCCAGGAUCCGUUGCCAGAGAUGCUAUCAACCACGCAUAUCUUGAUACUCAACAUCUUAUCUUCAUAGUUGCAACCGCGCUUCUAGCAGUGACAUGGAUCUCUGUGACUUUCUGGGAAGACAUAGAUGUCACGGCUGAGGAUGAGCAUGAAGAGACGGAGGAGGAUGUUCAGCACAGGAAUGAAGUUUAG